GCUUAUGUUCAUGGUUAAAAAAGAAAACCGUAAGGACAUUGGAAAACGAAUCAUGUCUAGAGCCGAAGGGUGGUUGCUCAGAAUGGACCAUUAUCAGUUCGAUUUUGAACACGUUUUGGGGAAAAAUAAUAUUGCCGAUGCUGCUUCAAGAAUAUCUCCAAGGAAAAAUGAUGUCGAGUUUGAUUUAGAAAAACAACCUCAUGAAUUGUGCUCAGUAACGGCGGACAUGAAUGGGCUCAAUGAUGAGCUUUUGGCCUUAACUAAUUCUCAGGUGAAAAUGGAAUUUGAGAACGAUUCUGAACUCCAAGAAGUUUGUCAGUGGAUCGACAAAAAAGAAAAAUGGCCCGCACAUAUUUCAAAAUAUCAAGCUUUUCAGGAAGAUCUGUACGUCCAGAAUGGGAUGCUCAUGAAAAGAGAAAAGAUGGUGUUACCUAUUAAAUUGCGCGCUCGGGCGUUAUCGCUGGCUCACCGCAGUCACCCUGGUAUGUCAACAAUGAAGUAUUUCCUCAGGCAAGGGCUCUGGUGGCUCGGUAUGGACAAGGACAUUGAAGACUUCGUAAAGCGCUGUCCGGAAUGCCAGUUAGUCAUCAAGGGUAGUAAACCGCUUCCCAUUACCUUGACUGAACUACCUAAGAAUCCAUGGGAUUACGUUUCAAUGGAUUUCGCAUGUGCAUCAGAUAUUCGUGGUUGGAAAGCUUUGGUGCUGGUUGAUAAUUACUCUCGUUUUCUGGUUGCGAUGCCUAUGGAAAAGACCGACAUAAGUGCGCUGAAAAUAGUGUUGAAGAAAAUUUUCAAUACUUAUUAUAUUCCUAAAACAUUGAAAGCGGACAACGGCCCUCCAUUCAACAGCACAGAACUCGAAAAUUGGCUGAGAAAUGUUUGGGGAGUAAAAUUGAUACAUACAACCCCACUCAACCCAACUGAAAACGGUUUAGUUGAAAGGAGCAUGCAAGGUAUAAAUAAAAUAAGCGCUAUUGCAAACUUACGAAAGCAAAAUUGGAGGGAAGCUCUAUCCGAUUACGUUGCUGCAUAUAAUUCAUGGCCGCAUCAUGUUACGAAAGUUCCUCCAGCUGAACUAAUGUUCGGACGAGCAAUCAGGUGCCUAGUACCGAAUUGCCGAACUGAUACGAAACAGUUUGAUGAUGACGAAUUGCGCGAAAGGGAUCGUAUGGCCAAGUUUGUUCGGAACUCUAGGGAAGAUGCUCGGCGACAUGCAGGUGAUCCUCAGAUUGGUAUUGGAGAUACGGUACUAGUUGAACAAUCCAAGAAGGACAAAACGGAUACGAAAUACAAAAACGCCUUACACAAAGUAGUGAAAAUUUCUGGUGCUGGAAGAACAACAAUACAAGAUUUGACAACAAACCGAGAACUUGAGCGGAAUGUCAAACACUUGAAAAAAUUCAAUGGUAGAAAUUUGGGAAAUGAUGUUGCUUCGGAGGAUGACUCCUCAGACACGGAGAUGCAUUCAAGGGAACCCUUUAUUGUGACCGGGGAUGGUAAAGCUGGCGAUGAACUUGAUGGAGCACCUCCAAACAAAAGGCCUCGUUCCACACGACAAAUCAAGCGUCCUCAGAAAUAUUUGGAUAACGUUGAAUCGAAUAUUUAUUGAAAGCCAGCGUUAUUUACGUCCCGGGGAGGAUGUGGUAUCCUGUUUGGAGCUAAAACCUAAACUGGAAUGUGAAAC